AUGGGGAAUGUUAAUGAAAAACAAAAUGCUUGGAAACAGAGCAAUCUGUGCCUCUGGAAACAAGAUUCUCAGCGCUCUCAUCUCUCCUCCUUCACCAUGAAGCUGAUGGACAAAUUUCACUCACCCAAAAUCAAGAGAACACCAUCAAAGAAAGGAAAACCAGCUGACGUGCCUGUGAAAACCCUUGAGAAACCUGUGAACAAAGAGGCCACAGACAAUUUUCUACCAGAGGGCUACCCUCCUCCCUUGGAUCUGGAUCACCAAGCAGUACAAUUUAUGUCCACCAGUGCUGUGGUUCCCAGGUCUCAGAGGCAGAAGAAUCUCAGCUGGCUGGAAGAGAAAGAAAAAGAGGUUGUCAGUGCCUUGCGCUACUUUAAGACCAUUGUGGACAAAAUGGCUAUUGACAAGAAGGUGUUGGAAAUGCUUCCAGGCUCGGCCAGCAAGGUCCUGGAGGCCAUCCUACCGCUAGUGCAGACCGACCCUCGAAUUCAGCAGAGCUCAGCCAUCUCCUCUUGCUACAGCCGAGUAUACCAGAGCCUAGCCAAUCUCAUUCGCUGGUCAGAUCAAGUGAUGCUGGAAGGUGUAAACUCAGAAGAUAAAGAGAUGGUGACAGAAGUGAUUAAAGCUGUUCUGGAUGGAGUGAAGGAGCUUGUCAGACUCACGAUAGAGAAGCAGGAGCAUCCGUCCCCAACAAGUCCCGUUAAGCCCAGUUCACCAGCCUGCAAGCCUGACAGCCAUCCUGAGCUCCCAUUGACUGACCGAGAAAUGGAGAUUCUCAACAAGACAACUGGUAUGUCCCAAUCAACGGAGCUGCUGCUUCCUGAUUCCACUGAUGAAGAGGUUGCUCCUCCUAAGCCCCCCCUCCCUGGCAUCCAAGUGGUGGAUAAUAGUCCUCCACCAGCAUUACCACCCAAAAAGCGGCAGUCAGCACCAUCCCCUACCAGAGUGGCUGUGGUAGCACCCAUGAGCCGGGCCACCAGUGGCUCAAGUUUACCUGUUGGAAUCAAUAGACAGGACUUUGAUGUGGACUGUUAUGCACAGAGGAGGCUGUCAGGAGGCAGCCACUCGUACGGCGGGGAGUCCCCUCGCCUCUCCCCAUGCAGCAGCAUCGGUAAGCUGAGCAAGUCUGAUGAGCAGCUGUCCUCCUUGGACCGGGACAGCGGGCAGUGCUCCAGGAAUACAAGCUGUGAAACACUAGAUCACUAUGAUCCUGAUUAUGAAUUUCUGCAGCAAGACCUCUCCACUGCCGACCAGAUACCUCAGCAAAUAGCGUGUAACCUUAGCCCAUUACCAGAAUCUGUUGGUGAAUCCGGCUCUCCUUUCCAUGGACGUCCUUUCCAGCUGCCACCAGGCAGCUCCCCUCAGCCGGAGCUCGGCAAUCCCCUGCCCAUGGUGCAUCCUACGGACAUGCCUCCCGCUCUGCCUGAAAAGAAGCGAAGGAGUGCAGCCUCUCAGACCACGGACAGCUCUAGCUGUAGAGUGUCCUAUGAGAGGCACCCCUCCCAAUAUGACAAUAUCACUGAGGAUGAUCUCCAGAACCCAGCCUCCCUCCAGCCAAUACCUUUCACGCCAUUCGCUGCUGUCCUUCCCUUCCAGCAAGGGGGCUCCUCAGCCCCUGUUGAGUUUGUGGCUGAUUUUGCUGCUCCUGAGUCGACAGGUGACCCUGAGAAACCACCCCCGCUACCUGAGAAAAAGAACAAACACAAGAAAGCCAAGCAAGUGGCCCGAAACCCACAGGGUUCUCACUGGAGCCUUGUGUUGAAUGAAUGGCCUGCUAUGCUGGACCCAGACCUGGCUCCUCACAUGCUCUCAGCCAAUAAGUACUUUGCGUGUCUGGCAGCUCAAGCCUUUUAUGGAAAGCUGUGUUAUAAAUCUGUGUUUAGGUCCUACUCCCAGGACUUCACGCAUCACAACCAAGCUUCUGUUCCACCUUUCCUCUCGUCUACCUCUUCUUCCUCUCCACAUUUCCCACCUGUCCACCAGUCUCAGAGCUCUGACCUAGCAGUGCCAACCACAGCCAGCCUGCCUCCCAGCACUGUGGAUGGGCCCAAUUCCUGUUCUCAAGAGAGCAACUUGAAUGGGAAUUCUGUCUACCUUCCUUCUGAAACCUCUUUCACUGAUUCCCUCCAGACGCCUUCGAGUGAAAAUGCCAGUGAGGAUGCUGGUGAGGGUGAAUAUGUCAAUCUGUAUUCCUCUGGCCAAAGCAACGGCGAACUCCCUCAUUCUGAAGGAGAAUCACCAGCUACAAAAGAUGGACACCCCAAAGAUUCUUCCUCACAUGGUGGUGCCCCUGGAAAAGAAAACAGAGAAGGUGGUGAGAGGCAGCAGAAGUCCCCGGAUGGUUUGGAAUCCACCCAAUCAGAGGAGGAAGUGGACGAGCUCUCCCUGAUUGACCACAAUGAAAUUAUGUCCAGGUUGACAUUAAAGCAAGAGGGGGAUGAUGGGCCGGAUGUCCGUGGGGGAUCUGGGGAUAUAUUGCUGGUCCAUGCAACGGAGACCGACAGGAAAGACUUGGUUUUGUACUGCGAAGCCUUUUUGACAACCUACAGGACAUUUAUCACCCCUGAGGAGCUCAUCAAGAAGCUGCAGUAUAGAUAUGAGAAAUUCUGCCCCUUUCCUGACACAUUUAAGAAGCGAGUCAGCAAGAAUACUUUCUUCGUGCUGGUGCGGGUCGUGGAUGAACUGUGCCUGGUGGAAUUGACAGAAGAGAUUCUAAAGCUUUUGAUGGAGCUAGUGUUUCGGUUAGUGUGCAGUGGGGAGCUAAGCCUUGCCCGGGUCCUCCGGAAGAAUAUCUUGGACAAAGUGAACCAGAAGAAGAUGCUAAAGUGUGCCAACUCUGACCAGCCUCUGGCUGCACGAGGAGUGGCUGCCAGGCCUGGAACUCUGCAUGACUUCCACAGCCAUGAGAUUGCCGAGCAACUGACGCUAUUAGAUGCUGAGCUCUUUUAUAAGAUAGAGAUCCCAGAAGUUUUGCUCUGGGCAAAAGAGCAGAAUGAAGAGAAGAGCCCUAAUUUGACACAGUUUACUGAGCACUUUAAUAACAUGUCCUACUGGGUUCGUUCAAUAAUCAUGCUGCAAGAAAAAGCCCAGGACAGAGAACGCCUGCUUCUGAAAUUUAUCAAGAUCAUGAAGCACUUGCGGAAGCUAAAUAACUUCAACUCCUAUCUGGCCAUCCUUUCAGCAUUGGACUCAGCCCCCAUCCGAAGGCUGGAGUGGCAGAAACAAACCUCAGAGGGCCUGGCAGAGUACUGCACUUUGAUUGACAGUUCUUCCUCCUUCCGGGCCUACCGGGCAGCUCUCUCCGAGGUGGAGCCUCCCUGUAUCCCAUACCUGGGCCUGAUUCUGCAGGACCUCACCUUUGUUCACCUCGGAAACCCAGACUACAUUGAUGGGAAAGUGAAUUUUUCCAAACGUUGGCAGCAGUUCAACAUCCUGGACAGUAUGAGGUGCUUCCAGCAGGCACAUUACGAGAUCCGAAGAAAUGAGGACAUCGUGAACUUCUUCAACGAUUUCAGCGACCACCUGGCCGAGGAGGCCCUAUGGGAACUCUCUCUCAAAAUCAAACCCCGGAAUAUAACGAGGCGAAAAACAGACCGGGAAGAGAAAACCUAGGAGGAGGAGCAGCGAGCGAGAUAAUCGCUCAAGAGACACACAGAAGGCAGCUAUAAGACUGGAAUAGACAUUUGGGCCUGUUACUGGACAACUCACCCCAGCAGCAAAAGACAAUUCUCCACCCCACCAACAACCCUAACCCCCAGGUCUGCGAAUGCCCAAUUCUCAGAGCCAAAUAGCUUGUGCUUGGGCCUCCUGCCCAGUUGGACAGCAGCCCCAGAGCCCCAGGGUCAGCCCUGCCAGCCAGUGCAGGGAAUUCUCCAUGUCCACUUCCAUUUUCCCCAGAUGCAGCCAGAACUUCACUCCAUGCCUAAAGAGAAGGACAGGGAAGGAGCCUCAAGCAGAUCCUGUACAAUCUUUGUGCCUGUUUUGUGACCUGGUAUUUUCCUUUUUUGGAUGAACAACGGCUUGUCUUCAAACCCUGUUUUUACGCUGUGGAGAUGGUCGUCCCAGACUCAGGCAGCAGAAUGAGGGAGGAAUACUCCCCCCCCCCCCCCCAACUCCUAGCCCUCCCUACCUUAGGUAUCUUUGGCUUUCCUGAAAGGACAGUAGGGGUGAAGCAGCCUCCACACCCUUGGUGAUAAGGAAGGGGCCCCCCCAUGGAAAAGUUGUGUCAGUUAGGAAGGGUCUGGUCUCUGUGAGGAUCGUCUUUGGAAUGUGUGCACAGGCUAAGGUCAGAACUGAAGAGAGACUUUCCCAAAUAGCCGCAGUUUCCCUAGGCCCCGAGAGGGGCUGCCAUCUAGCCGAGAACAGUGGUAUAUGUGCCAGGGUAUCCUCUCUUUCCCACUCCCAUACUCAGCUCUUUAAAAGCAGAGGGUGUCAGACACCUCUCUCUUGUCCCUGUAGAUGGUCCUGCACCUCUGAAAGGCGGCUGUGGUCUGAGUUUCCCCAGACUUCCUAGUGACAAUACCAGGCCUGGCUUCCUGAGGUAUGGAGUGCUAUUGGAUUAUAAAUCCUAGUUUUUAGUUCUCACCCAUUGCCACCCCCCUUCAGGUGCAGGAGCAAAUGUCUAUGAGAAAAAGGAUGCCAGGAUGGGAAAAUCCAAGAAGUUCUGAUCUAAACAACGAGGCCAUGGAGAGGCCGAUGCGGUCAGAUGCAGGGGAAGGGGCUAUUUGGUCAGGCAGAGAGAAAAGGAAACUCCACCCACUCCCCCAACACCCCCUUAAUACUUUAUCAUCUUCCCACACCUCAGAGGCGCCUCUUCACUUACUGAUUCUUAUGGUGCUUCCUUUAGAAGCCAUGUACAGAGUCAAGGAGAGGGGCUUGGAGUAAGGCAGGGCUUUAUCAUUAGAGAAAAAUUCUGGAUCAACUUCAGUUCUUGGAGGCUCAUUUUCUGGAAUGAGGGAAGACUGUCUUGGCUUGCAGAAUUUGAUUGGAGAAGGAGGAAUAAGUAUGAAGGACAUUUCUCAUAUUCUAUUUCUCUCCUCACCAAUUUGCUGCCAGCCAGCCUGGUAUCCUUCCAUCUCUGGAGAACUGUAAGCCCCGCUGAUCCCAACUUCUGUUCACCCAUCUGUUUAGUGCGUGCCUUAAACUUCACCUUCCAUCCUCUCUUCUUUCUUUCAUCCUACUUCUUCUCUUACCAUUUUCUUUUUUCUAGAAUACUCCAAGGCCUCUUGGGGUGACUCCACGUGGUCUGGUCCCAACAGAGCCCUUCCUGCCAGGAUUUCGUUGUAUAUUGAAUCAACUUUUGUCUUUCUUUAGGAAGAAUUCUAUUUCUCACUUUAGGUGACCCCCUUCCCUAUAUAAUAGAGAGGAAGAAGGCAUGGCUGUUGGAAAGAGCCAUGGUCACAGGAUGCAGGGUCCCAAACUGGCCAUCUCACACAUCAGGCUCCUCAUCAUCUUUGUGGUUUUUCUUCGAAUCCACGUUAGUGCUCCUUCCAUGCUGCUUAUGGAAGACACAGUUGGCUGCAUAAAUUGACAAUCCAGCAAAGACUUUGAGGAAGGGGAUAUGCAAACUUAUUUUAGGAGAAUGUUAGACUCUCUAUUGGGGCGGGGGGGAGUGGGGGAGAGGCAGGCAGAGGUGAUGGAAACUCUUCUGGUGAGACAGAACCAAGGGCUUCACCGUGAAGGGAGUAAAAUCUUUCAGCAGUAGAUUCCCAGCUCCUGCUGUCGAUCACCUGGGCACAUCUUACAAGCAGACAUCCCAUGCCAGGAGGCUUCGGGAUGGAAGAAAUCAUGAUCUGGGUGGAGGGAGGUGAGAAUGCCAAGGACACAGAUGGGGUGCUUCAUGUAAUGUUCCCCCUCCCUGGUGGAACAUAGUCUAGCAGUCAUCUGGGGCCUUUGAUGCUCACAGCCCCAGUUUUAAUAUUAAUGGAACAAAUUUUUAAAAAUCAACAUCUGUUGAUUAUUUAAACAGAUGUGGAAGUUUUGUUUUGUUUAGAGACAACCAGGACACUUCAUUUUACCGUCCACCGUGAGCCUUUUGGCAUCUUUUAUCAAGCAGUCUUUUUUUUUUUUUUUUCCUGUAAAUAGAGAGAAGAGAAAAAAGGAAUCUGUGAAAAGUUGGGCAAGUCUAGGGCUGGCCAGCAGCCAGGGGCUGUGGUUCUGAAAGAGUCACUUUAUUAUUUAAAGCGUGCAUUCUAGUUUAGAUGGCUCAUUAACAGUAUUGUUUGUUUGAGUUGUUUCUUUAUGUUCUGUUUUCUUUUUCUAAGUCGUCCUUUCAUUUCAAUCUUUUUCCAGCUUCAUCCCCAUAUUUGCCUCUGGACCCUUGGCUUUGGGGGGAAAGGUUGCCCGUUGAAUGUUGGAGUGUGCCAACAUGUGUGUGUAACACAUGCUCGAGUGUACAUGGGUGCCUGUGAAACAAAUAAGGUGCUUGGGGGGGAAGGGGAGGUCCCACCUUUGGGUCCUGGAGUGCAAGGUGACCCCUGAGCUUCAGGAGAGGCCUCUAGCAGUCAGUCUCUGUGCUUGCUGGCCCUGGCAUGUCGUUUUGGGGUUUCUUCCUCAAAAAUAAAACCCCAAAUACCACCCUGCCCCACCCCAGUCAACCCCAGCUAUGACUCAUUCUUGUUGCUGGCCUUACUUCCCCAGCACUGAGUGAGGGGUUCCCUUCUCCUCACCCUCCCAAUAUAGAUGGAACCAUUCAUCAAAAAAUUGGGGUUUUUGAGCACUGUAGGGGGAGUAGGAGGAGAGAGAAGUGAGCAAAUGAAUGAACUGGCUAAGAUUCCACCCAGGAUAUUGUCACUGCGGGGUGAAGAGUCAUACAGGUACCACCCUGCCCUCCUACCACCUCCUUGUCUUUGCCAUUUGUGGUCUGAGCCGAGUGCCUUGGCGAGCCCAAGAUGGCUCAUCUGAGUUGUCAAAGGUGGAAAGGGAUCCACUCUAGGUGUCCCUGACCCGUGGCCCAUUGCAUGAAUUCAUAGAGUGAGGUGCAGUAUUUUUAAUUUAUUGGUGAAGAUUUGGGCCUUCCUUAUACCUCACCAUCAGAGUCCCCCUUCCAGCCUCUACCAUUCUCCAGCUCAGUGCCACAGACCUGGGAUCGCCAUCCAUCUCUCAUUUCUUCCCAAGGGGAGUGCUGCCUACAAGGACAGAAAGGCUCAGGGUUCAUUGCCUUUCCAUACAGAAAGGAGGGGAUCUCCUGCCAUCUAGGAGUGCCAGGCAGGGGUGGCCCAGGGGCCAUGCCUGCCCCUCUAGAGCCUCCCUUCCUCCACACCCCCUCCCCCUGUGUUACAUUGUACUAUAUAUCCCCUACUAACCCAUCCCAAUAGUGACAUCUCCCUGCAGACAUUUCAAAUGUGUAACUUUUAUAUUAAAGAAAAAUAAAUGCGGAUGAAAGCCCCCAGCCUAACGAUCAUGUUUACAGUGCAUCAGUGCAUGCAGCCCUGUGUGCGAGAUUAAAGUGACAAUCAAACACA